AUGGCUAAACCAGCGGGCAUUGACCAACUCACAACGUUGGUCAGCGGCUUGAGCCUUGACUCCAUCGCUGAGAAAUACCCCCAGGCUCAUCCCGAAAUCAACCCUCUGGAUUUCUACAGGGCACACGUUAGCAAUGUCUUGGCCGGAAUAUCUGGUGUAGACUCUCAAAUCAUAUACCCCGCCAUCAACUGGACGACUGGUCUCGACAAGGGUGAUUUUGUUCUAGCUGUUCCAGCUUUGAGGAUCAAGGGCCAGAAGCCAGAUGCUCUUGCUACUAAAUGGGCGGAAGAGUUCCCUGCGGAGGACCCUCUAUUUGACAAGCCUACGACUAGCGGACCUUUCAUGUCCUUUUUCUUCAAGGGAAGCCCGCUAUCCAAGUCCUUGAUUCCGAUGAUUCGAAAUCUCGGCGAAGAGUAUGGCCGUAACCGAUUCAACGGCUUGAAGGACCCCAAAGACCCGAAGCAGGGCAAGAAGCGCAUUCUCGUUGAGUUCAGCUCUCCCAAUGUUGCGAAGCCAUUCCAUGCCGGCCACCUUCGAUCAACUAUUAUCGGUAGCUUCUUGGCCAACCUCUACGAAGGCAGUGGCUGGGAUGUGGUGCGAAUUAACUAUUUAGGAGACUGGGGCAAGCAAUAUGGACUUCUCGCCUUGGCGUAUGAGAAAUAUGGCAACGAGGAAGCAUUGAAGAAAGAUCCUAUUGAUCACCUGUUCAAGCUCUAUGUGCAGAUUAACUCUGAGAUGACUGCAGAGAAGGAGUCUAUUGAGGCGCAAAAGAAGGAGGGCAAAGACGUUACCGAGCUUGAGGCCAACAGCCUUGAUGAGCAAGCUCGCAGGUAUUUCAAGCGCAUGACGGAUAGGGACGAAGAUGUGCUCAAGCAGUGGCAAAUCUUCCGAGACCUCAGCAUUAAGCGAUAUAAGGAGACAUAUUCUCGACUCAACAUCGCCUUUGACAAAUACAGCGGUGAGAGUCAGGUUUCUGAAGAGGCAAUGGCAAAGAUUGCUGUUGAGAUGGAAGAGAAGAAUAUUUCCCGAGUAGAUAACGGCGCCGUGCUUGUUGACUUCACCAAGCUUCUCCCUGGCAAAGAAGGAAAGCGACUUGGUGUAACUGUUAUUCGAAAGAGGGAUGGUACCGCCUUGUACCUCACUCGUGAUAUCUGCGAACUUCUCGCUCGAUACGAAGAGUACAAGUUUGACCACAUGAUUUAUGUUGUGGCAAGUGCCCAAGAUCUCCAUCUGAAACAGCUUUUCGAGAUUAUUGGACAGCUUGGCUACAAGGAUAUUGCGAGCCGCUGCCAGCACAUUAACUUCGGCCUUGUUCUGGGAAUGAGCACCAGGAAGGGUACCGUCAAGUUCUUGGAUGACAUCCUGAGGGACUGCGCAGAUCACAUGCAUGAGACCAUGAAAAAGAAUGAGGACAAAUAUGCCCAAGUUGAGAACCCAGCUGCAACCGCAGAUAUUCUCGGCAUCAGCAGUGUCAUGGUUCAGGACAUGAGUGGCAAGAGGAUCAACAACUACACAUUUAACAUGGACGCCAUGACAUCGUUUGAGGGUGACACGGGUCCCUACCUGCAGUAUGCCCACUCGCGGCUUUGUUCGAUCAAGCGUCGGGCGAACUUGACAGAGGAAGACCUGCAGAGCGCAGACCUUUCACUGCUCACCGAGCAGCAUGCCACUAACGUCGUGCGAAUGCUCUCACAAUGGCCUGACACCGUUCAGAACACUCUCAAGACCCUCGAACCGACCACCGUGCUCACUUACCUGUUCAAGAUGAGCCACGCUGUGAGCAGCAGCUACGAUCAUUUGCAGGUGGUAGGCAGUGAGAAGGAAUUGAUGAAGGCUCGAAUGGCGCUGUACGACGCUGCGCGAAUUGUUCUGUCCAACGGCAUGAAGCUGCUUGGCUUGACGCCGCUUGAGAGGUAUGUAGCAAAAUCCCUUUCUAAUAAAAUCCCCGUUGUUUCCUUGUAA